UGUCAAACUAAAUUGUCACGAGAAAAAAAAUAACGUAAACAAAAAUCAAACAUUCCAUUUUCCUUUGAAUAAUCUCCAAAAUAAUCGUGCCACAAUGGUAAUAUUAAACUCAUUCGCUCAUCCCGACUCGAAUAUAGUCCACCAGCAAAGAAACGUACGAGCGAUUUUGAAUAAAAAAGAUUUGGGAAUCGGUACAUUGUUCAUCAGCGAAAGAACACUAUGCUGGCAAGAAAAAGACGAUGCAGGCUUUUCAAUCGGUUACCCAGAUGUAACUUUGCACGCAAUUUCCAAAGACGAAACAAUCUAUCCCACUCAAUGUGUCUACAUAAUGGUUGAUGGUUAUAUUACCAUGCCAGGAGAUGAGUCUCACAUUGAAGAGGACAGCGACGAUGCUGAAUCAGAAACUGAAAUAAGCGAAAUAAUUCUAGUACCAACUGAAGAAACCAGUGAAAAUUUAAACGGUAUUUAUGAGGCGAUUAAAAUAUGCCAAGAGAAAAAUCCAGAUCCUGAUGAUAUGGAUGAAGAUGAUGAUUAUUUGUAUGAGGAUGCUGAAGAAGAUCACGGGGAUGAUGGUGGUAGAGGUGCUGGAGGUGAUACAGCUGCUAUAGAUAUUUCCAGAAGAAUGGAAGAAAUCUCAGUUAACAUUAAUUAUAAUAAUACAGAAAAUGGUAACGACGAAGAAGAAUUUGAAGAUGCAGAUUAAUUUGUAAUAAUUUAUUAGAAUAAGGAUUUUUUUUUUAAUAAUAAUAACUGCAGAUUUCUUAAUUUAUUCAGAAGGCAACAUUAAUAAUCCCCUAGUUAAUUGACUGUCGCACAAUUUGGGUGUUUCAAUGUCGCUUCUGGCUCUUAAAUUUAAUUCACUGUUGGCAAUUUUCCAGUUAUCGUCGCUCAAAGGGUCUCUUGCUAAGCCAAAUACUUGCUCAAAUACUCCAGCAAUUGUAUUAUUAAUGUAAAGAGUGCCACAGGAUAAAACUAAAACUAGUCCGUGUGGGUCCAUUCUGCCUUGGAUGCCUUCCUUUGUCUCAUUUGGUUUAAAAUGUAUGUUGUAUUGGAUUUUAAUGUUUUUUAAGGUUUUUGUUAUUUCUUCUGGGUCAUUGUUGAUUUCCUUUGUAUCGCAAUUACCGUUUUUGUGCAUAUUU